UAAACAGGAAAGAAAGUAGUGAGGCAACUCGAAACCCUAAACCAGUAUUUAGGGUUUAGCGGCACUCUUCUCUUCAAAAUUCUCUCUCCUCCAUCUACAAACCCCCAAAACAAUGGCGUGCACAAUCGAUUUCCGGUGCCUCGAUGAAGGAUUUGGCGGCAAAACAUACAAACGCAAGCGCGAAGCUCAAGCAACCUUCUCAGAAUCUGCUCAAGACGAUGCAUCAAUGGAGGUCGACAAUCAAAACGACAAUCCACCAGCCAAAAGAGCCGCCGUUUCAUCUUCCGACGAUCCAAACAAGCCAGUUUUUGGAAAACCUACAUACGACGGAGUAAUCGCCGGCAGAGUUUCCGGCAGGAAUUGGAAGCAGCCAAGGAAGCAUCGAUCUUCAGCAAUGGCGGUGAGUCGAAAACCUCCAUCAUUGGAGCAGAGGAUGAGAGAUAGAGAGGUGAAGAAAGCGUAUAAAGAGAGGAAAGAAGAGUUGAAGGAAGAGAUUCGCAGUAACAAAGUUGAGAAGAGGAAGAAGAAAGAGGAGAGAGAAAAGAAGAAGCAAGAGAAUAUUUUGAGGUCUGGUACUAAACUUCAGAAGAUCACAAACCCUAAAACUCUCAAGAGGAUUGCGAAAUCGAAACAACGCAAGCAGCUUAAGGUUGUUCCUGAUAAUCUCAUUAAGAAGUAAUCGACAUUUGACUUAUUUUCCUUCUAAUUGCAAGUUUUUUCUUGUAAUUUUGUUAUCUGUUUAUCGAAGUGUUAUAUCUUUUGGAUUCCUAACAUAGUUCGGAUUCAUAUUUUGUAACUCCUAUAAAUAUUGAUCAAUGGAAUUAAUCCAAUAUCACGGAGUUUCACAAUA